CUAUACAAAGUGCAAAAUAAACCAUCCGCCAACAUAAAGCCAAGAGCAAACCUCCAAGAUCUCCCUCUCUCUCUCUCUCUCUCUCUCUCUCUCUCUCAACUGCUGCAAAAUCCAACUAUACCUCAAAGCAAAAGCACAAAGCCAAGAACCAGAGCUACCCCUCUCUCUCUAUCUCUCUGUGAAACAAACGCAAAUGUUUUGAGAAACAAACGCAAAGAUUGAACACCAUGAUUCCAGCAUGUUUCAGCCAACCCAACACACUCUCAAACACCUCUCAAGCACCUCAAAACCUCAUAACCUGCAUCUACCAAACGCACCUCUGCGACUCUCCAACCUAUCUCACUCUCACCUGGUCUAAAACCCUCUUCUCCCACUCCCUCACCAUUUACGCCGCCGACUCUUUCUCCAUCUCCAUCUCCCUCCACCCAUCAAGCUUCCCCUUCUUCCGAACCCGACCCGGAUCCAAAUCCAUUUACCUCGCCCGCCACCGCUACCAGAGAAUCAAGCUCUACUGGGACUUCACUCGGGCCGACUUCACCCACAACUCCGCCGAGCCCGACUCCAGCUUCUACGUCGCCGUCUCCUGCAAUGCCAAGCUCGAAUUCUUUCUCGGCGAUCUUUUCGACGAGUUCACGCGGCGGUCCGGGUUGGCCUUGACUCGCCGAGUCCAACUCGGCGAGCCGACUCUGUUGUCGAGGCGGGAGCACGUGUUUGGACGCAGGAAUUAUGUAUCCCGAGCCCAGUUCUUGGGAAGCAAACACGAGAUUGGGAUCGAGUGCGGCGGCGGAGUGCUCAAAGUAAAAGUGGACGGAGAAAUCCGGCUUGUUAUAAAAAGGCUUGCGUGGAAAUUCAGAGGGAAUGAGAAAAUCUACGUGGGUGGGAUUGAGGUGGAAUUCUUUUGGGAUGUUUUUAAUUGGGUUAAUAAUAAUUAUAGUAAUAAUAAUAGUGGGAGUAAUGGAAAUGGGCAUGGGGUGUUUGUUUUUCAAGUGGGUGAUGGAGGGGUGUGGCCGGAGAUGGUAGGGCCGGAGAAGAGGUUGAUGAGGAAGAGCUUGUCCUUCUCGUCGGGAUCCGGGGCAGUGCCGUCGAUGAUAUCGACGUCGCCGUCGACACCGUCGUGCUCAAGUGUGUUGCAGUGGGCGGAGGAGAGCAGCGAUGGGGGGAGGAGUUCGUGUUCUUCCACUAAGUCUUGUGGGAGUAAUGGGGGGUUCUCUUUGUUGCUGUAUGCUUGGAGGAGGGAUUAGGUUUUGAAAUUUAGUUGCAGAGAAAAAAAAACAAAGAAGUUGAUUUUGUGGGAAGUAAUUGGCUUUUAUGUGGAAAUCAUUCUUU